AUGAGGGUACUCACAUUUUUGCUCAUUACUCUCAUAGUAUUGAUCAAUGCUGUUCAAUCAAUGCGCUACGACAAGGAAAUCUAUGAGGCACUUCUCGACGAUCUUAAAAGAGAAUACGUCGAACGCGAAUUGGCGAAUCGUGUGCUCGCCAAACGCCAGCUACGCGCCAUCAACGUUGACGCCGGCGAGCAGCGAGUGCGUCGAGCCUCCGAGAAGAAGUCGUAUCCAAGGAACUGCUACUUCUCGCCGAUUCAGUGUCUGUUCACGAGAAACUAG